CUUCACUUUCCCAAUUCAAUUUUCCCGGAAAUAUUUAUAAAGAAUCGUUACUUUCCCGAUCCAAUUCUCCUAGAAAACAACCUAAGAUCUCUCCAUCAGUAUUUAUCAUUUUAUACCUUUAGCUUUUGCAAUAAAUCAACAGUGACUGCAAAAUAAAAAUAAAAAUGAGGAAGCAGUUAGAGUUUGAUGGCGUGGAGGCGGAGAAAGCGGAAGCGAUGAGAAGAUACAACAACAAGAAACGGUUUAAGAACAUUACACGAGCAGCCGCCGUUGCUUUCUUCUGUUACUUAUGGUUUCCCACCGUGACGGUUUCGUUACAAGCUGCCUGCGGUUGGUUUUACCGAACCGGAACGGUUAUGUUAACCAACCGUCUUUUCGUUUUCUUCUUCACUAACGUACUCGUCGCUUUGGUUUGCUUUCUGUCUCGUGGUCACGACGGAGAGAGUACACGUGUUAGUAGUAACGAACCAGAUCUUUACUAUCAGUACACCUCUUCCGUGACCGUGACUGUAACUGACUCUGAUGAGAAAGUUGUAGACGAGGAUGAUUCGAAAAAGCAAAUAGUUACGACGUUUAACACGGAGGUACAUGAGGAGGUGGUUGUUAUGGACAAGCAGAUAGUUCCGGCGUUUGCGGCGGAGGAGGUGGUUGAGGAGGCGGUUAUAACGAAAGCGGAGACGAGGAAGAAGGUUAACAGGGCGGUUACGGAGAUUCGGAGGACGAAAUCGGAGAGGAGGAAGAAGGUUAAAGCUCCGGAGGUGAUGGAGUUUAGGAGGACUGAGUCGGCGAACUCGGGGAUUGAGAGGUUGAGCAGCGAGGAGUUUCGUUUGAAAAUAGAGACGUUUAUAAUGGAGAAGAAGAAGAGUCUUGUUCAGGAGGAAAACGGUGUCGUCGUAUGGGAAGAACGUGGUUCUUCUGGACUUGAGCUUGUUGGUGCUGACUCUAGUAGCUGUGGCUCGUGUUGAGUGGAUUAGUAGUAAUGUUGAUGAUAACCUCGAAUGACUGAAAAAAAUGGUUUUCUACUUUAGUUACAAAAUGGAUAAACCACUUAUAAUGUAGUUUUUAUCUUAUACUUAAAAGUUAAAACUAAUACCUUUUU